AUGUAUCCCCGUAUCUAUCCACGUAUCUAUUCACGUAUCCAUCCACACAUUCUUCCACAUAUCAAACCACAUAUCUAUCCACGUAUCUAUCCACGUGUCCAACCACGCAUCAAUCCACGUAUCUGUUCACGGUUCACUACACGUAUCAAACCACCUUUCUAUCCACGAAUAAAUCCGCGUAUCUAUCAACGUAUCUAUCCACAUAUCAAUCCACGUAUACAUCCACGCAUCCAUCCACGGAAUAUAUCAAAGUAUCUAUCCCCAUAUCUGUCUACUUAUCUAUUCACCUAUCCAACGACACAUACUUCCACAUAUCCAAACACUUAUCUAACCACGUAUGUAUCCACAUAUCUAUCCACGUGUCCAACCACGUGUCUAUCCACGUAUCUCUCCACAUAA